AUGGGUCAACGAAUGACGCGCCGACAAGUUGCUGAAGGUCUUGAAUUAUAUGCACAGAAAAAUUAUGAUGCUGCCAUAAAAAAAUGGACGACAGCAUUACCAAAAAUGAAAGAUAAUCGACUACGAUUUUCUACACUUGGCUAUCUAGCAUUAGCUUCACGUGAUCGUGGCCGAAAUAAAGAUUAUCUUGUUCAUGCUGUACAACAGAUUGACAUCGCUCAUGAACUUGAUGAUAAUGUACUUCGUGCUCAGGCAUAUUUAAAUCUAUCACGUGCAAACGAAAUGCUUGCUGACUAUUUUAAAGCGGUUAGUUAUUCACGUUUAGCUAUGCAAUUUUCACCUGCAACAGAUGUGGUACAAGGCUAUGCAUUACUUGUUAUGGCCGACUCUUAUAUAGGUUUAUGUAAUUUUCCAAAAGUACUUGAAUAUCUUGAUAAAGCAUUGAGUAUUUCACAUGAAAAUGAAGAUCAUUUAAUGGAAGUUCAAGUGCUUAAUACAAUGGGAAAAGUAUUUCUUGUAUUAAAAGAUUUUCCAAAGGCACUCGCCUUUCAACAACGUGCACACGAAUUAGCUUUAUCAAAUGCAGUUUAUGCCGGCGAACAAAAUGCUAACAGUAGUGCUAAAUUUGUACGUUUAACAAAACUAAAGUUAGCAACAUCAUUAAGAAUAAUGGGUGAUUUUCAGGGUGCCACUAAAUGUGUCGAGGAAGCAAUGCGUUCAGCGUCUAGCGUUGGUGAUCGACCUGUUCAAGCGAAAUGUCUUGUGUGCGUGGGAGACAUUCAACGUUCUCAAAAUAAUAACGAGGUCGCUUGCAAAAAAUAUGAAGCAGCUAUUCAAAUGUUACAAGAUAUGAACGAUCGAUACAGUUCUACGCUUGCCAUGCUUGGUCUUGUUAAGACUCUACUGGCGCUCGAUACACAAAAACAAAUGGCAUCUGAAAUCCUUGUUACAGCAUUAUCAACUGCAACAGCGAUGGGAAAUAAAUUAAUGCAAGCUCGAUGUCAUCUAUUAAAUGAACGUAUGCUUGCAUCUGAGAAUCAAAUAAAUGAGGCACGACAAGCAUUUGAAAUAGCACACCGUCUUUAUAGAGAAGUUGAUCUCAUGUGUACAAUUUGUAAGAAUCCCAUAGGUAUGUAUCGAGAUCAAAUUCAAAUAUUGACAUGCACGCAUAUCUUUCAUGAAAGGUGUAUUUUAAAUCUAUUGCAAAAAUGGACGUAUGAAGCACAAACGUGCCCAAAAUGUAAUAAAAGUGUGUUAUAUAGUAGAAGUUACAUUGCAUUAUCGGUAUCCUGA